AUGUGGAUUUCUAAUAACCAUACGCAGGGAAUCUUCUGGUCCAGCGCAGAGCGCGAGUUUCAGGAGUUUGCUUGGUACUACUCACUGCCGACGGUCAGCGUCAAGGCGGCCUGCUACCACGACAUGGUGGCCGCGAAGCACGGCUUCUCGGUGCACGCGCCGCGCGAGCGCGACCAGCAGGGGCUGAGGCACAGGGCGUUCUACUAUGACUACGUGCACCCUGAUGGCAACACCGGGCACAGGGUCAUGGCCGAGCUGGCGAUGCACCUGAUCUCCACUGUUGCUAAAGACCUCGAAUCCAACCCGAUAAGCGCGAACGACAGCACCGACGCGUCUGCGCCGCUGCCGCGCCCUAUGAUCCGGGACAACCACGCGUCGCUGCACGACACGUGCUUUGUGGGGCCGACGUUCAAGGAUGACGCCGUGGCCGAGCAUGACGGGUGGGAGUGGAUCAACGAGGCCAAGAGCCAGCGCCCAAAGUGGGGCUACGUGGCUAAGGAGCCCGGCAAGGUCCUACAUCUGAAGCUCAAUACGUCUGUCAGCGCAUCCACCCCCGACAAGCCGGUGCUGGUGCAGCUGGCGCACCUGCGCAGUUAUGAGCACAUGGGCUGGGCGGAGGUUACUUGCACAUCGGGCUGCGAGUGCCCCCCGACGCGAUUCAACGGCCACACGAGCGACCGCAAGUCCCUGCUGACGCUGCACAAGCUGUUUGUGACUCAGCAUGACAAGUGUGUGUUGGGAGUAGAGGUGCUGACUGAGAGCGACAGUGGGGAGCACAAGGUGAAGCUUGCUGGCGUGAUCGUCAGCGACCAGGCUGGGGAGCAGCAGGGGCUGGACAACGCGGGCGCGGUCGAGCACGUCCACGACAUCAGCUUCAGGCACCGCGGCUUUGGGCGGGACAACGUCUUUGAUGUCCGGAACCACGUCUGA